AACGAACGGAUUGAGAGAAUUGUGCGAAAGAGAAGGACAUCCGUCUGCUCCACGUCAGUCUAUCUGGAGACCAUACCCUACCUACGCACAUCGUGAAGAAAAAGGCAAAAGGAAAAAACGAUCACUGCACUCAAGAAAGCUGGGAAAUAUAGUAAGAUUAAGAGCAAGAGCAAUGGCAAUGAACGUCGAAAGUAUCCCGCUGGAGGACACGCGCAGUCCUGCAACGACGAAGAUGAAUGAUCUCGACGUUGUACAGUCCGUCACAACAACCCCGGUACAACAAGGGGAGUCGCGGUCGGAUGUUGAUAGUAAAAACGACAAUGAAAUCGCAACUGUUAUGGGUCGUGGAGAGGGAGGUAACGACGCCAGAGGAAGUGAGGCAGGGAAUAUCCUAGAAGAGACCGGCAACGAAGUCAAGAAGAGAAGUACAUGGAGAAUGGCAGCGAUUCUAACUGCACUGUUCCUCUCCCUCUUUGUAGCCGCCCUCGACGCAACGAUCAUUGCAACUGCUGCCCCUACCAUCUCUACUUCCCUCAACUCCGCGGCGGGCUACACGUGGAUUGGCGCCGCAUUUCUGCUUGCCAACGCCGCUGGAGGUCCUAUCUGGGCGAAGCUCUCGGAUAUCUGGGGAAGGAAGCCUAUCUUGCUAGCUGCGCUGGCGUUGUUCUUCAUCAGCUCGGCCGUCUGCGCGACUGCGAAGAGUAUGACGGUGUUGAUUGUGGGGAGGAGUCUACAGGGAGCGGCUAGUGGGGGAUUGAUUUUACUGGUGCAUGUUUGCAUCAGUGAUUUAUUUAGUUUGAGGCAACGAAGUCUUUUGAUGGGACUGACGGAAGGAAUUUGGGCUCUGGCUGGCGGUGUAGGACCUGUUCUCGGCGGUCUCUUCGCGGAAUUGGUAACGUGGCGUUGGUGUUUUUACAUCAACCUUCCCAUCAGCGGCUUAGCUGCCUUAAUCAUCGUCCUGUUCCUGGACAUCCGCCACGAACACACCUCCUUCAAAGCCGGCAUCUACGCCAUCGACUGGACAGGCAUCAUCACCUUCCUCGCCUUCACUCUCCUUGUCCUGCUAGGCCUCAACUUUGGCGGCGCCCUCUUCCCCUGGUCCUCAGCAAAAGUAAUCUCCCUUCUCGUCGUCGGUACCCUCAUGAUCUUCGCCUUCAUCUACAGCGAAGCCAAAAUCGCAAAAUACCCCCUAAUCCCGCUCCCGCUUUUCAAAAAACGCACAAACAUCGCCGCACUAGCAGUCGUGACGUUCCACGGGUUCGUCUUCAUCGCCGCAGAAUACUAUCUCCCGCUGUACUUGCAAUCCGUCCUCGAACUCAACCCACUAACCUCCGGGCUCAUCCUCCUCCCAUUCAUCGUGCCCGGCGCCAUCAGCGGCGUCAUCUGCGGCAUCGUCAUCCACCGCACCGGCCGCUUCCGACCAGUCAUGUGGCUCGGCACCGUACUCAUGGCGAUUGGCUUCGGCCUCUUCAUCUCCUGGGACGCGGACACAUCGCUCGCGCGCACCAUCGGGUUCCUCGUCAUCGGCGGCGUCGGCUCCGGCCUCCUCUUCGAACCCCCGCUCAUCGCGCUGCAGUCCCAGGUCGAACAGGAAGACGUCGCCACGGCCACCUCCACGCUCUCGUUCAUCCGCAACAUGGCCUUGACCAUCUCCGUCGUGGUCGGCGGCGCCAUCUUCCAGAACUCAAUGGAUCAACAGGCCCCUGCGUUGCGUGAUGCAGGGCUUCCGCAACAUCUGCGCGAGCUGUUGAGGGGCGAGAAGGCUAUGGCGAAUGUGAUGCUGCCUGCGACCCUGGAAAACGAGGUCUGGGAGCGUGCGGCGAAAGUCGCGUUUGCGAGCGCGAUUCGGAAUAUGUGGAUCCUGUAUGCGAGUGUGGCUGCGUUGGGGGUUGUCGCUGCUGUGUUUGUGGAGAAGAGCCAUUUGGGGACUGAGCAUGUUGAGACUGUUACUGGGUUGAGGAAGGAGAAGAAGGAGGAUGGGGUUGUGGGGCAGUAG